UAUAUAGUCGUGUUUACACUCAGUUUAUAUAACGUUUGGUGGAAUGCGUGUGCUAUUGUCCGUUGCUAGAGGGCCGUAACUUACCCAUACAACAUGCAUGUAGCUGUUAGUGUUAGCUAAAGUUUAAUUGUAUAACCCUGUUCUCUACAAAGAUGUUGCCAGCGGUCGGCUCUCCUCAUCGUUGCCCGACGACAGUGGAGCUCCAGCUCAGUGUCUCCCCCUCCCCUGCACACCAGGCUCCUCCUCUUCCUCACCCAGCGUUUCUAUGAUGUAGAGAUGCUCCUGAGCUGGGGGUCUCGGCUGGGAAGGAGGGGGAUUCAGAAGAAAAAUGUUUACUAUGGCUACACUCAGAAGUUGUAUGGGUCAGACAUAGCAGCGGCAUAUUAUAUCUUGAGUCUGAAGGGAGGAUUUAGGUAUGUUGGCCAGCCAGAGUGGUUCCUUGCAAACCAGAGGGGCAAAUUCAAUUGGGAUUUCUUGAAACACAAAGACACACCCCUGGAGGAAGUAAACAUGAGCUACACAGUCAUCAACUACACAGGGCUGGGGAACCUGGAGGGACAGAAAUCUUUGCGAACUUUGUCAUUACGAGGAUGUCCUGAGGUGGACGACUGGUUCCUGGCCAGACUCCACAUAUUCCAGGACUCUCUGGAAGAACUGGACAUCUCUCACUGUCCACGCAUCACUACAGCCGGCCUGGCUGCACUCAGGAAUCUCAAGGGACUGCGGCGUCUGGACGUGUCGUCCCUCCCUGGGAUUUCGAGUCCUGGGUUGGUUGUUAUCCUGCUGGAGGAGAUGUUACCGCAGUGCCAGAUCACCGCUACUGGCUAUGACCAUAACCUGAGGCAGGAGAGAGUAGAGAGAACAGAGAAGCACAUGGAAGGGCAGAGGUAGAGGCUCAGAGGAAUCAAGAGACUGAGAAAGUCCUCUGAGAUGGCUCUGCUGUCAGUUCACUGUAGUUUGACAGAAAGGGCUGCUGACGGAGCAAAUACACCAGUUUGAACCACUGGUCGUAUCCAAUUAGAUGAGUGAAAAAGAAAAGAAGCACAUAUAUCUAUCUAUUUAGGAUGUAAAUCUAAAUGUGUGCAAAAUCAUGUCUGUCUCAAACCAAUUGCACUGUCUGCAUAUUUGAUAAUGGUUUUAUUUGCUGACAUGUAAAUAUGAUGUAAAUGUAUGUAAAUGUACUGAAUAAAGAUUGUAUUGUUCAAUAUCA